GACGUCAGGAGAGCUUGCGGUAGAAGAAAAAAACUCACCGGGAAUUAAGAAUCAGUGAAGUACCAAUAUGAAGUCUCCGAGCCUGACUUGUUCCUGUAAAAUAGUUUUUCUCAGCUUAAUCAUUUGCUGCAUUUGUCAUGUGAAUGGAGAUUACUGCAAGUUGAACCUGUGUCAUAACGGAGGGACGUGUGUCACUGGCAUCGGACAAGAUCUCUUCUUCUGCAUCUGUGCUGAGGGAUUUGUUGGAGAUACCUGCAAUGCCACAGAGAGCGGUCCGUGUAACCCAAACCCGUGUAAAAACGAUGGCACGUGUGAGGUGAUUACUAACUCUAGAAGAGGAGACAUUUUUACCGAGUAUGUGUGCAAAUGCCAACCUGGGUUCGAGGGUGUGCACUGCCAGAUCAAUGUGGAUGACUGUGCAAACCAGCCUUGUAAAAAUGAAGGCCUCUGUCAUGAUCUGGAUGGAGACUACACCUGCCAGUGCCCUUCUCCAUAUGUUGGAAAGCAAUGCCAGCUCCGCUGUACAUCUCUAUUGGGAAUGGAGGAAGGGGGAAUUAGAGAGUCCCAGAUCUCUGCUUCCUCUGUUCACUCUGGUAUUCUAGGGCUUCAGCACUGGGGACCUGAGCUUGCCCGCCUCAACAACCAGGGCACUGUCAAUGCCUGGAGCUCCGCACCUCAAGACAGAAACCCCUGGAUUGAGAUUGAUAUGCAGAAAAAGAUGCGUCUCACUGGAAUCAUCACCCAAGGAGCCAGUCGAAUGGGGAUGGCUGAGUUUGUCAAGGCUUUCAAGGUGGCAUCCAGCUUCGAUGGCAAAAUCUACACAAUGUACAGAGCAGAUGGCCAAAGAAAAGACAGAGUGUUUGUGGGUAAUACAGAUAAUGAUGGAAGCACGAAAAAUACAUUUGCCCCUCCCAUUGUGGCCCAGUAUAUUCGCGUCAUUCCUGUGGUGUGCCUUAAAGCAUGUACUCUCCGGAUGGAACUUGUGGGCUGUGAGCUAAAUGUGCACUCCAGCGCAAUUGGUUGCACCGAUCCACUGGGCAUGAAGUCACGUCUCAUCACUGACGGACAGCUUUCAGCAUCUAGUGCUUACCGCACCUGGGGUAUAGAUGCCUUUACCUGGCACCCCCACUAUGCUCGCCUGGACAAACAAGGCAAGACUAAUGCUUGGACAGCGGCUAGCAACAACCGCUCAGAGUGGUUCCAGCUGGAUUUGGAGGAACCUAAAAGGAUCACUGGCAUUAUCACUCAGGGAGCAAAAGACUUUGGAGUUGUGCAGUUUGUGUCGGCAUUUAAGAUCGCGUACAGUGAUGAUGGGCAGUCAUGGAGCAUUGUGAAGGAUCAAAUAACGAGUACAGAUAAGAUUUUCCAAGGCAACAUUGACAACAACACACACAAAAAGAACUUGUUUGAGUCAUCCUUCUUUGCCCGAUUUGUGCGGUUUCUUCCCUGGGAGUGGCAUGAGCGGAUCACUCUUCGCAUGGAGCUGCUGGGCUGUGAUGAUUAGGGACCCUGCUGAAGGCUGCACUCUAGGUUUACAUGAAGUGGGUUGUAAAAUGGGGAUUUUUGUCAUUAUACAUGAGCUUCAUUUGUAUUGCUCAGUGUUUAAUUUUGGUUUGAUCUUGAGGUACUUUUAUAUAAAUGACAACAAAUGAAGUGAUCUAAUUUUAUAAGCUUUAUGGCACAAUGUUCAAAUUAACAUAGGACUACAUUUUAGUAAUUGUGUCCAGCUCUCUGAAUUGUGUUAAUAAUAAUAUUGUCAUUAUAUUUUGUCAUGAUCAUUUGUAAUUGUAAUGAUAAGAAGACAAUGAUAUUAUAAAACCAUCAUGUAUGUAAAAAUCAAAAAAUAUUUCAAAAGCAAAAACAAGACUUAUUUAAAAGUUUUUCAAUAUUUUAAAGGGAUAGUUUGCCCCAAAAUAAAAUUCUCUUAUUUAACUCACCCUCAUGCCAUCCCAGGUGUGUAUGACAUUUGUUUUUUCGAUUUUUAAAAGAACAUCUCAGUUUUGUUGGUCCAUACAAUGCAAGUGAAUGGUGGCCAGAACUUUGAAGGUCCAAAGAGCACAUAAAGGCAGCAUAAAAACAAUAUUUAAGACUCCAGCAAAGCCUUUCUAGCAAGUCAGUCAACUGUCUGCCAUCUUUGGAACAGUUUAGACAGUGUACCUCCUAUAUACAUGAUUGGGGAAAUACAGAAAUCUCAUAAACAGUUAGUCAAGAUUACGAUCAAAUAACAUAUUUCAAAUCAGCAAAUCAAUAAAAUCUGACAACAGUAAUAUUUCUACAACCGUUUACCGUUGGGUGUUCCAAUUUCUCCCAUUCAUUUAAAUAGAAGUGGCCCAACUUUGCUAAAUAGAAUCUGACUCCAGUGGUCAAAUCCAUGUCUUCAGAAGUGAUAUGAUAGUUGUGGGUGAGAAACAGAUCAAUAUAUUAGACCAUAUUUACUAUAAAUUCUCAUCCCUGACCAGUAGAUGGCAAUAUGCAUGAAGAAUGUGAAUCUCCAAAAACAAAAGAAGAAGAAUAUAGAAGUGAAAAUGAAAGCGGAGACUUCUAGUAAAAAAAGGACUUAAAUAUUGAUCUUUUUCUCACUCACACAUAUCAUAUAUCUUCUGAAUACAUAGAUGUAAUCACUGGAGUCUUUUGGAUUACAUUUAUGCUGCCUUUAUGUGCUUUUUGGACCUUAAAAGAACUGGUCACCAUUCACAUGCAUUGAAAGGACUUACAGAGCUGAAAUAGUCUACUAAAAAUGUUUGUUUGUGUUCAGCAGAAGAAUAAAAGUCAUACACAUCUGGUAUGCAUGAGGGUGAGUAAAUGAUGAGAACAUUUUCAUUUUGGGUGAACUGUUCUUUUAAUGCUUCAUUAAAUGUUAAUCUCACAAUCACUGACCAUUGCUAUAUUUCAAAAUGAAUGAAUACCAUGAAACUCAUAAAUAUAUUUUACUGUCAACAAGGUAAGCAAAACCUUUCCAUGAAGCAACACAACAUUUCAACCUGACUUAAAUAAUGCACACUUCUCUGGGUGUCCACUAUUUGACCUUAUUUAGCCUUCUAGCACGUGUGCAGCACUGAUUCAUAAUCCAAAAAAUGUAAACUCUAAAGAAUGUGGGUAAUAGAUUAAGCAACAUUGUUUUACUCCUUUUGUUUUUCUUUUUUCCUGAAAAAAAGUAUAAGUCUAAAAAUGUUUUCUGCAACAUUCCUUACUGUCUGAGGUACAUGUAUAUACAUGGUCCCUCAGUUAACUACAAGGUAAACUAGAACAGUAUGUGGUAAAGUUUAAUUGACUAGUUUGCACUACAGCCACUCCAUGUCAUACAUUUGUAUUUUAGUCUUUGUAAACAACCAAGUUUGAAUAGAAAUUGACAAUUGUGCAAAUAUUGAGUAUUUUUAUGCUUUGCAAAACUAAAGUUGUUAACAAUGUCAUUAAUAAACAAGUUUCAUGAUUGCCGCUUCUUGCAUUUGACUUGCAUUUGAAAUUAAGAAAGUCAGAGAUGCGAGAAAGGUGCAUGCGAGACAAGCGAGUCGAUCGGUUACACAGUCUGUUAAAAUCUUUUCAGAAAAACCAGACAGAGGGAAUUUGGACCCGUAUUUAUUGGCAGGAAGAAAUUAGAGAUUCUUAGAGCUAACCAGAGAAUUUCUUAAUUAGUUUUCUUUUAGUUGUACUUAGUUGUUCAUGCAUAUGUAACUUCAUUGAGGCUUCUCAAAGAGUAUCUUUUUAUUGUUAGAAUUAAAAUACAAAUGUGAACAUCUCUAAAUUGGUCAAAACACAGAAAAAGAAUGUCCAUGACAUUCUUCUUAGCAAAUAUAUUAUUAUACAAAUGACACCCUACCACUCAGACCCAUGCAGUUUACACCACUUACUGGCAUUCCUGCCUGGCCUUUUAUCUUCUCUCUUCUUGUUAAGGUAUGUUGGCAACAAAUGGAUCAGAUUAUUCUAUAUAUAAUGUAAACUUUUCAUUUGUUUUUCAUUAUCUAUUUGAC